AUGCCGCCGUCUUCGGCGGCUGAGGAUGAUCCGUCUAGUAGUGCCGCGCCCCCGUGUCAUGUCUCAAGCCCGCCGACACAGACAGCAGAUCUGGUAGUAGAUUACGAUUCGUCCGUUCGUGCCACGUCAUCGUUUCAUCAUAACGCCAGCGUACCCGCACAGGCAGGGGUGCGUUCCGCCUUUUCGUGCUUUGGUUUCAAUGGCGAUGGCGCAUCAUGCGCAUCGGCCGAGGAAAGCGAGAGGGAGAAUGGGGAGGAGGAAGAGAGAGAAGACGGGAGGAAAGUCGCGAGGGAGAGUGAGAUCGGCGACAGGAAUGAUCUUGAUUCAACGGAGGGGGCGGAGGGGACGGAGGGGGCGGAAGAGGCAGAGGAGGCGGAGGGGGCAGACGGGAAUGAGUCUGACGAUGGCGGGUAUGAGUUCCGCGGAUUGGAAAAUGAGACGGAGAUGGCGAUGCUGGCGGAAUCGACGGCGGAAGUGGGGUUGGGGGGAAAAGGGGUCGCGGAAAAGGGGGCCGCGGAAGGCGCGGAAGGGGCGGAAGGGGCGGAAGGGCACCAUCGGCGACAGUCGUGGCUGACGAGUGUGGAGUGGUUCGUGUCGUGGCCGCUCAGGCGACUCAGCCACCCGUGGCGCAAGCGAGUGCUGUGGCUGUGGGUGGUGCUAGCAGCGGCCAUCCUGUCGCUGGUGUUUGCGAUGGCGUGGCAACAUGCGCAGGGGACUGAGAGGGACGACCUGGAGUCGCACUGUGACGAGUGGGGGGCGUUUAUAGAGGCCAAGUUCAACACCACUGCAACCAACACGCGCUCCGUUUCCGACUUCAUCCGCGCAUAUUACCUCGAUAACAUGAGGGAGGACUUUCUGGACGUGGAGAAAUUCCAACGCUUCACUCAAGCCACUCUUGACGGCCGACCCAUGGCGUCAUUCGUUGGCUUCACACUCCUGGUGAACAACACGUUCAUUCGCGACUUAGUGGAGCAAAACUCCAACCACUGCAUCUUUGCACCCGAACCCAACGGCACACUCGCCUGCCGCCCACGCGACCUGCCCCUGUACGCGCCCCUUGUCAUCUUCAACGCCCGCAAGGAGUUCUACCCGCGCGUGAACCUCUCUGCCGUCUGCUGCCAGGACAUCAUGGCUGAACCAGCAUUUAACGACACGUUCCACCGGGCCAUUGACUCAGCCUCCUCCGCCAUGUCUCCUCCCUUCAUGCGCGACAACUACUCCUACCACUUCAUCGGCCAGGCCUUCCCAGUCUACUUCAACCUCACCACCUUCGCCCUGCCCCCCUCAGCCUCCCUUCCCUCCGUCGCCAUCCCUCCACUUGCCACGCCUGAGGACCUCCCGCGGGGGUUUGUCAUCGCGGGGUAUAACUUUGCAAACCUGCGAUCGCUGGUGGGGUUUCAGCAGCUGGUGGAGCUGAACGAGAGGGUUUAUCUGGUGGAUGGCACGAGGGGCGGGGCGUGGGAUGGUGCGAGAAAUGAGGAUGGGAAGGUUGAUAAGUGGUUGCCGGCGUUGUUGUUUGAUCAUGAGGGGGUGGUGGGCGAGGAGGAGAUUGGAGCGUGGAUGAUGGAUGGGAAGGGGCAAGAGGAUGGGGGGAGAGUGCAGCGUGAGGUGCACUUGGGCACAUAUCCCCUCCAGUGCACCCUUCGCCACCCUCCCUCUCUCCCUCCUGCCCCUCGCCCUCCAUCCCACCACAGGCACACCUCGCACAUCUCGUACACCAAGCCAUUCGGCCCGUUCAUCUGGAUAGUGGUGGCGGUGCUGUUCCUGACUGUCUCCACCAUCCUCCUCUGGACGAGCAUCCAGCUCAUGCACGCAUUUGAGUGCGACUGUCAGCACCUAGCUGCCGCCCAACAUGAGCUGCGUGCCGCCCGCUUGGAGGCCGAGGCGGCGAGCCGAGCCAAGGGGGAUUUCCUCACGACGAUGUCGCAUGAGAUCCGCACACCCAUGAACGGCGUCAUAGGCAUGCAUUUGUUUCUUCUCUCCAAGCCUGUAUGCAUGCUGAACCUGCUCCUGGAAACUCCUCUGGACGGGUCGCAGAAGGACUACGCACAGACGGCACAAAGCAGCGGGCGGGCGCUGUGUGCACUGAUCAACGACAUUCUCGACCUCUCCAAGAUCGAAGCCGAAAAGUUGCACCUCGAGCGCAUCCCGCUGGACUUGCGUGCCGAGCUCGACGACGUGCUCGCGCUCUUUGUGGAGAGCGCCCAGGAGAAGCGUUCUGUUGAGCUCGCGGCGUUUGUGGUCGACGACGUGCCCGGGAUUCUCCUUGGCGACCCGCUUCGAGUGAAGCAGGUGCAUAUAGUGUUCGAAGUAGGGAUGAUGAGCAAGUACCGAACUCGAACCGCACCAAUGCCUUCCUCCCCCCCACUCCCCCUGUGCAAUACCCCUGUUUCCCCCCACUCCCCCUGUGCAAUACCCCUGUUUCCCCCCACUCCCCCUGUGCAAUACCCCUGUUUCCCCCCACUCCCCCUGUGCAAUACCCCUGUUUCCCCCCACUCCCCCUGUGCAAUACCCCUGUUUCCCCCCACUCCCCCUGUGCAAUACCCCUGUUUCCCCCCACUCCCCCUGUGCAAUACCCCUGUUUCCCCCCACUCCCCCUGUGCAAUACCCCUGUUUCCCCCCACUCCCCCUGUGCAAUACCCCUGUUUCCCCCCACUCCCCCUGUGCAAUACCCCUGUUUCCCCCCACUCCCCCCGUGCAAUACCCCUGUUUCCCCCCACUCCCCCUGUGCAAUACCCCUGUUUCCCCCCACUCCCCCUGUGCAAUACCCCUGUUUCCCCCCACUCCCCCUGUGCAAUACCCCUGUUUCCCCCCACUCCCCCUGUGCAAUACCCCUGUUUCCCCCCACUCCCCCUGUGCAAUACCCCUGUUUCCCCCCACUCCCCCUGUGCAAUACCCCUGUUUCCCCCCACUCCCCCUGUGCAAUACCCCUGUUUCCCCCCACUCCCCCUGUGCAAUACCCCUGUUUCCCCCCACUCCCCCUGUGCAAUACCCCUGUUUCCCCCCACUCCCCCUGUGCAAUACCCCUGUUUCCCCCCACUCCCCCUGUGCAAUACCCCUGUUUCCCCCCACUCCCCCUGUGCAAUACCCCUGUUUCCCCCCACUCCCCCUGUGCAAUACCCCUGUUUCCCCCCACUCCCCCCGUGCAAUACCCCUGUUUCCCCCCACUCCCCCUGUGCAAUACCCCUGUUUCCCCCCACUCCCCCUGUGCAAUACCCCUGUUUCCCCCCACUCCCCCUGUGCAAUACCCCUGUUUCCCCCCACUCCCCCUGUGCAAUACCCCUGUUUCCCCCCACUCCCCCUGUGCAAUACCCCUGUUUCCCCCCACUCCCCCUGUGCAAUACCCCUGUUUCCUCCCACUCCCCCUGUGCAAUACCCCUGUUUCCUCCCACUCCCCCUGUGCAAUACCCCUGUUUCCCCCCACUCCCCCUGUGCAAUACCCCUGUUUCCUCCCACUCCCCCUGUGCAAUACCCCUGUUUCCUCCCACUCCCCCUGUGCAAUACCCCUGUUUCCCCCCACUCCCCCUGUGCAAUACCCCUGUUUCCCCCCACUCCCCCUGUGCAAUACCCCUGUUUCCCCCCACUCCCCCUGUGCAAUACCCCUGUUUCCCCCCACUCCCCCUGUGCAAUACCCCUGUUUCCCCCCACUCCCCCCGUGCAAUACCCCUGUUUCCCCCCACUCCCCCUGUGCAAUACCCCUGUUUCCCCCCACUCCCCCUGUGCAAUACCCCUGUUUCCCCCCACUCCCCCUGUGCAAUACCCCUGUUUCCCCCCACUCCCCCUGUGCAAUACCCCUGUUUCCCCCCACUCCCCCUGUGCAAUACCCCUGUUUCCCCCCACUCCCCCUGUGCAAUACCCCUGUUUCCCCCCACUCCCCCUGUGCAAUACCCCUGUUUCCCCCCACUCCCCCUGUGCAAUACCCCUGUUUCCCCCCACUCCCCCUGUGCAAUACCCCUGUUUCCCCCCACUCCCCCUGUGCAAUACCCCUGUUUCCCCCCACUCCCCCUGUGCAAUACCCCUGUUUCCCCCCACUCCCCCUGUGCAAUACCCCUGUUUCCCCCCACUCCCCCCGUGCAAUACCCCUGUUUCCCCCCACUCCCCCUGUGCAAUACCCCUGUUUCCCCCCACUCCCCCUGUGCAAUACCCCUGUUUCCCCCCACUCCCCCUGUGCAAUACCCCUGUUUCCCCCCACUCCCCCUGUGCAAUACCCCUGUUUCCCCCCACUCCCCCUGUGCAAUACCCCUGUUUCCCCCCACUCCCCCUGUGCAAUACCCCUGUUUCCUCCCACUCCCCCUGUGCAAUACCCCUGUUUCCUCCCACUCCCCCUGUGCAAUACCCCUGUUUCCCCCCACUCCCCCUGUGCAAUACCCCUGUUUCCUCCCACUCCCCCUGUGCAAUACCCCUGUUUCCUCCCACUCCCCCUGUGCAAUACCCCUGUUUCCCCCCACUCCCCCUGUGCAAUACCCCUGUUUCCCCCCACUCCCCCUGUGCAAUACCCCUGUUUCCUCCCACUCCCCCUGUGCAAUACCCCUGUUUCCUCCCACUCCCCCUGUGCAAUACCCCUGUUUCCUCCCACUCCCCCUGUGCAAUACCCCUGUUUCCCCCCACUCCCCCUGUGCAAUACCCCUGUUUCCUCCCACUCCCCCUGUGCAAUACCCCUGUUUCCCCCCACUCCCCCUGUGCAAUACCCCUGUUUCCUCCCACUCCCCCUGUGCAAUACCCCUGUUUCCCCCCACUCCCCCUGUGCAAUACCCCUGUUUCCUCCCACUCCCCCUGUGCAAUACCCCUGUUUCCCCCCACUCCCCCUGUGCAAUACCCCUGUUUCCCCCCACUCCCCCUGUGCAAUACCCCUGUUUCCUCCCACUCCCCCUGUGCAAUACCCCUGUUUCCCCCCACUCCCCCUGUGCAAUACCCCUGUUUCCCCCCACUCCCCCUGUGCAAUACCCCUGUUUCCUCCCACUCCCCCUGUGCAAUACCCCUGUUUCCCCCCACUCCCCCUGUGCAAUACCCCUGUUUCCUCCCACUCCCCCUGUGCAAUACCCCUGUUUCCCCCCACUCCCCCUGUGCAAUACCCCUGUUUCCCCCCACUCCCCCUGUGCAAUACCCCUGUUUCCCCCCACUCCCCCUGUGCAAUACCCCUGUUUCCUCCCACUCCCCCUGUGCAAUACCCCUGUUUCCCCCCACUCCCCCUGUGCAAUACCCCUGUUUCCUCCCACUCCCCCUGUGCAAUACCCCUGUUUCCCCCCACUCCCCCUGUGCAAUACCCCUGUUUCCCCCCACUCCCCCUGUGCAAUACCCCUGUUUCCCCCCACUCCCCCUGUGCAAUACCCUGUUUCCCCCCACUCCCCCUGUGCAAUACCCCUGUUUCCUCCCACUCCCCCUGUGCAAUACCCCUGUUUCCCCCCACUCCCCCUGUGCAAUACCCCUGUUUCCUCCCACUCCCCCUGUGCAAUACCCCUGUUUCCCCCCACUCCCCUGUGCAAUACCCCUGUUUCCUCCCACUCCCCCUGUGCAAUACCCCUGUUUCCCCCCACUCCCCCUGUGCAAUACCCCUGUUUCCUCCCACUCCCCCUGUGCAAUACCCCUGUUUCCUCCCACUCCCCCUGUGCAAUACCCCUGUUUCCUCCCACUCCCCCUGUGCAAUACCCCUGUUUCCUCCCACUCCCCCUGUGCAAUACCCCUGUUUCCCCCCACUCCCCCUGUGCAAUACCCCUGUUUCCCCCCACUCCCCCUGUGCAAUACCCCUGUUUCCUCCCACUCCCCCUGUGCAAUACCCCUGUUUCCUCCCACUCCCCCUGUGCAAUACCCCUGUUUCCUCCCACUCCCCCUGUGCAAUACCCCUGUUUCCCCCCACUCCCCCUGUGCAAUACCCCUGUUUCCCCCCACUCCCCCUGUGCAAUACCCCUGUUUCCUCCCACUCCCCCUGUGCAAUACCCCUGUUUCCUCCCACUCCCCCUGUGCAAUACCCCUGUUUCCCCCCACUCCCCCUGUGCAAUACCCCUGUUUCCCCCCACUCCCCCUGUGCAAUACCCCUGUUUCCUCCCACUCCCCCUGUGCAAUACCCCUGUUUCCCCCCACUCCCCCUGUGCAAUACCCCUGUUUCCCCCCACUCCCCCUGUGCAAUACCCCUGUUUCCUCCCACUCCCCCUGUGCAAUACCCCUGUUUCCCCCCACUCCCCCUGUGCAAUACCCCUGUUUCCCCCCACUCCCCCUGUGCAAUACCCCUGUUUCCCCCCACUCCCCCUGUGCAAUACCCCUGUUUCCUCCCACUCCCCCUGUGCAAUACCCCUGUUUCCCCCCACUCCCCCUGUGCAAUACCCCUGUUUCCUCCCACUCCCCCUGUGCAAUACCCCUGUUUCCUCCCACUCCCCCUGUGCAAUACCCCUGUUUCCCCCCACUCCCCCUGUGCAAUACCCCUGUUUCCUCCCACUCCCCCUGUGCAAUACCCCUGUUUCCCCCCACUCCCCCUGUGCAAUACCCCUGUUUCCUCCCACUCCCCCUGUGCAAUACCCCUGUUUCCCCCCACUCCCCCUGUGCAAUACCCCUGUUUCCCCCCACUCCCCCUGUGCAAUACCCCUGUUUCCUCCCACUCCCCCUGUGCAAUACCCCUGUUUCCCCCCACUCCCCCUGUGCAAUACCCCUGUUUCCCCCCACUCCCCCUGUGCAAUACCCCUGUUUCCUCCCACUCCCCCUGUGCAAUACCCCUGUUUCCCCCCACUCCCCCUGUGCAAUACCCCUGUUUCCUCCCACUCCCCCUGUGCAAUACCCCUGUUUCCCCCCACUCCCCCUGUGCAAUACCCCUGUUUCCCCCCACUCCCCCUGUGCAAUACCCCUGUUUCCCCCCACUCCCCCUGUGCAAUACCCCUGUUUCCCCCCACUCCCCCUGUGCAAUACCCCUGUUUCCUCCCACUCCCCCUGUGCAAUACCCCUGUUUCCCCCCACUCCCCCUGUGCAAUACCCCUGUUUCCUCCCACUCCCCCUGUGCAAUACCCCUGUUUCCUCCCACUCCCCCUGUGCAAUACCCCUGUUUCCCCCCACUCCCCCUGUGCAAUACCCCUGUUUCCUCCCACUCCCCCUGUGCAAUACCCCUGUUUCCCCCCACUCCCCCUGUGCAAUACCCCUGUUUCCUCCCACUCCCCCUGUGCAAUACCCCUGUUUCCUCCCACUCCCCCUGUGCAAUACCCCUGUUUCCUCCCACUCCCCCUGUGCAAUACCCCUGUUUCCCCCCACUCCCCCUGUGCAAUACCCCUGUUUCCCCCCACUCCCCCUGUGCAAUACCCCUGUUUCCUCCCACUCCCCCUGUGCAAUACCCCUGUUUCCCCCCACUCCCCCUGUGCAAUACCCCUGUUUCCCCCCACUCCCCCUGUGCAAUACCCCUGUUUCCUCCCACUCCCCCUGUGCAAUACCCCUGUUUCCCCCCACUCCCCCUGUGCAAUACCCCUGUUUCCCCCCACUCCCCCUGUGCAAUACCCCUGUUUCCCCCCACUCCCCCUGUGCAAUACCCCUGUUUCCUCCCACUCCCCCUGUGCAAUACCCCUGUUUCCCCCCACUCCCCCUGUGCAAUACCCCUGUUUCCCCCCACUCCCCCUGUGCAAUACCCCUGUUUCCCCCCACUCCCCCUGUGCAAUACCCCUGUUUCCCCCCACUCCCCCUGUGCAAUACCCCUGUUUCCUCCCACUCCCCCUGUGCAAUACCCCUGUUUCCCCCCACUCCCCCUGUGCAAUACCCCUGUUUCCUCCCACUCCCCCUGUGCAAUACCCCUGUUUCCCCCCACUCCCCCUGUGCAAUACCCCUGUUUCCUCCCACUCCCCCUGUGCAAUACCCCUGUUUCCCCCCACUCCCCCUGUGCAAUACCCCUGUUUCCUCCCACUCCCCCUGUGCAAUACCCCUGUUUCCUCCCACUCCCCCUGUGCAAUACCCCUGUUUCCCCCCACUCCCCCUGUGCAAUACCCCUGUUUCCUCCCACUCCCCCUGUGCAAUACCCCUGUUUCCUCCCACUCCCCCUGUGCAAUACCCCUGUUUCCCCCCACUCCCCCUGUGCAAUACCCCUGUUUCCUCCCACUCCCCCUGUGCAAUACCCCUGUUUCCCCCCACUCCCCCUGUGCAAUACCCCUGUUUCCUCCCACUCCCCCUGUGCAAUACCCCUGUUUCCUCCCACUCCCCCUGUGCAAUACCCCUGUUUCCUCCCACUCCCCCUGUGCAAUACCCCUGUUUCCUCCCACUCCCCCUGUGCAAUACCCCUGUUUCCUCCCACUCCCCCUGUGCAAUACCCCUGUUUCCUCCCACUCCCCCUGUGCAAUACCCCUGUUUCCUCCCACUCCCCCUGUGCAAUACCCCUGUUUCCUCCCACUCCCCCUGUGCAAUACCCCUGUUUCCCCCCACUCCCCCUGUGCAAUACCCCUGUUUCCUCCCACUCCCCCUGUGCAAUACCCCUGUUUCCUCCCACUCCCCCUGUGCAAUACCCCUGUUUCCUCCCACUCCCCCUGUGCAAUACCCCUGUUUCCCCCCACUCCCCCUGUGCAAUACCCCUGUUUCCUCCCACUCCCCCUGUGCAAUACCCCUGUUUCCUCCCACUCCCCCUGUGCAAUACCCCUGUUUCCUCCCACUCCCCCUGUGCAAUACCCCUGUUUCCCCCCACUCCCCCUGUGCAAUACCCCUGUUUUCCCCCCACUCCCCCUGUGCAAUACCCCUGUUUCCCCCCACUCCCCCUGUGCAAUACCCCUGUUUCCCCCCACUCCCCCUGUGCAAUACCCCUGUUUCCUCCCACUCCCCCUGUGCAAUACCCCUGUUUCCUCCCACUCCCCCUGUGCAAUACCCCUGUUUCCUCCCACUCCCCCUGUGCAAUACCCCUGUUUCCUCCCACUCCCCCUGUGCAAUACCCCUGUUUCCUCCCACUCCCCCUGUGCAAUACCCCUGUUUCCCCCCACUCCCCCUGUGCAAUACCCCUGUUUCCCCCCACUCCCCCUGUGCAAUACCCCUGUUUCCUCCCACUCCCCCUGUGCAAUACCCCUGUUUCCUCCCACUCCCCCUGUGCAAUACCCCUGUUUCCUCCCACUCCCCCUGUGCAAUACCCCUGUUUCCUCCCACUCCCCCUGUGCAAUACCCCUGUUUCCUCCCACUCCCCCUGUGCAAUACCCCUGUUUCCCCCCACUCCCCCUGUGCAAUACCCCUGUUUCCUCCCACUCCCCCUGUGCAAUACCCCUGUUUCCUCCCACUCCCCCUGUGCAAUACCCCUGUUUCCUCCCACUCCCCCUGUGCAAUACCCCUGUUUCCUCCCACUCCCCCUGUGCAAUACCCCUGUUUCCCCCCACUCCCCCUGUGCAAUACCCCUGUUUCCUCCCACUCCCCCUGUGCAAUACCCCUGUUUCCUCCCACUCCCCCUGUGCAAUACCCCUGUUUCCUCCCACUCCCCCUGUGCAAUACCCCUGUUUCCCCCCACUCCCCCUGUGCAAUACCCCUGUUUCCUCCCACUCCCCCUGUGCAAUACCCCUGUUUCCUCCCACUCCCCCUGUGCAAUACCCCUGUUUCCUCCCACUCCCCCUGUGCAAUACCCCUGUUUCCCCCCACUCCCCCUGUGCAAUACCCCUGUUUCCUCCCACUCCCCCUGUGCAAUACCCCUGUUUCCUCCCACUCCCCCUGUGCAAUACCCCUGUUUCCUCCCACUCCCCCUGUGCAAUACCCCUGUUUCCUCCCACUCCCCCUGUGCAAUACCCCUGUUUCCUCCCACUCCCCCUGUGCAAUACCCCUGUUUCCCCCCACUCCCCCUGUGCAAUACCCCUGUUUCCUCCCACUCCCCCUGUGCAAUACCCCUGUUUCCUCCCACUCCCCCUGUGCAAUACCCCUGUUUCCCCCCACUCCCCCUGUGCAAUACCCCUGUUUCCUCCCACUCCCCCUGUGCAAUACCCCUGUUUCCUCCCACUCCCCCUGUGCAAUACCCCUGUUUCCUCCCACUCCCCCUGUGCAAUACCCCUGUUUCCCCCCACUCCCCCUGUGCAAUACCCCUGUUUCCUCCCACUCCCCCUGUGCAAUACCCCUGUUUCCUCCCACUCCCCCUGUGCAAUACCCCUGUUUCCUCCCACUCCCCCUGUGCAAUACCCCUGUUUCCUCCCACUCCCCCUGUGCAAUACCCCUGUUUCCUCCCACUCCCCCUGUGCAAUACCCCUGUUUCCUCCCACUCCCCCUGUGCAAUACCCCUGUUUCCUCCCACUCCCCCUGUGCAAUACCCCUGUUUCCCCCCACUCCCCCUGUGCAAUACCCCUGUUUCCUCCCACUCCCCCUGUGCAAUACCCCUGUUUCCUCCCACUCCCCCUGUGCAAUACCCCUGUUUCCUCCCACUCCCCCUGUGCAAUACCCCUGUUUCCUCCCACUCCCCCUGUGCAAUACCCCUGUUUCCCCCCACUCCCCCUGUGCAAUACCCCUGUUUCCUCCCACUCCCCCUGUGCAAUACCCCUGUUUCCUCCCACUCCCCCUGUGCAAUACCCCUGUUUCCUCCCACUCCCCCUGUGCAAUACCCCUGUUUCCCCCCACUCCCCCUGUGCAAUACCCCUGUUUCCUCCCACUCCCCCUGUGCAAUACCCCUGUUUCCUCCCACUCCCCCUGUGCAAUACCCCUGUUUCCUCCCACUCCCCCUGUGCAAUACCCCUGUUUCCCUCCCACUCCCCCUGUGCAAUACCCCUGUUUCCUCCCACUCCCCCUGUGCAAUACCCCUGUUUCCUCCCACUCCCCCUGUGCAAUACCCCUGUUUCCUCCCACUCCCCCUGUGCAAUACCCCUGUUUCCUCCCACUCCCCCUGUGCAAUACCCCUGUUUCCUCCCACUCCCCCUGUGCAAUACCCCUGUUUCCCCCCACUCCCCCUGUGCAAUACCCCUGUUUCCUCCCACUCCCCCUGUGCAAUACCCCUGUUUCCCCCCACUCCCCCUGUGCAAUACCCCUGUUUCCUCCCACUCCCCCUGUGCAAUACCCCUGUUUCCUCCCACUCCCCCUGUGCAAUACCCCUGUUUCCUCCCACUCCCCCUGUGCAAUACCCCUGUUUCCCCCCACUCCCCCUGUGCAAUACCCCUGUUUCCUCCCACUCCCCCUGUGCAAUACCCCUGUUUCCCCCCACUCCCCCUGUGCAAUACCCCUGUUUCCUCCCACUCCCCCUGUGCAAUACCCCUGUUUCCUCCCACUCCCCCUGUGCAAUACCCCUGUUUCCUCCCACUCCCCCUGUGCAAUACCCCUGUUUCCCCCCACUCCCCCUGUGCAAUACCCCUGUUUCCCCCCACUCCCCCUGUGCAAUACCCCUGUUUCCUCCCACUCCCCCUGUGCAAUACCCCUGUUUCCCCCCACUCCCCCUGUGCAAUACCCCUGUUUCCUCCCACUCCCCCUGUGCAAUACCCCUGUUUCCUCCCACUCCCCCUGUGCAAUACCCCUGUUUCCUCCCACUCCCCCUGUGCAAUACCCCUGUUUCCCCCCACUCCCCCUGUGCAAUACCCCUGUUUCCCCCCACUCCCCCUGUGCAAUACCCCUGUUUCCUCCCACUCCCCCUGUGCAAUACCCCUGUUUCCUCCCACUCCCCCUGUGCAAUACCCCUGUUUCCCCCCACUCCCCCUGUGCAAUACCCCUGUUUCCUCCCACUCCCCCUGUGCAAUACCCCUGUUUCCCCCCACUCCCCCUGUGCAAUACCCCUGUUUCCUCCCACUCCCCCUGUGCAAUACCCCUGUUUCCUCCCACUCCCCCUGUGCAAUACCCCUGUUUCCUCCCACUCCCCCUGUGCAAUACCCCUGUUUCCCCCCACUCCCCCUGUGCAAUACCCCUGUUUCCUCCCACUCCCCCUGUGCAAUACCCCUGUUUCCUCCCACUCCCCCUGUGCAAUACCCCUGUUUCCCCCCACUCCCCCUGUGCAAUACCCCUGUUUCCUCCCACUCCCCCUGUGCAAUACCCCUGUUUCCCCCCACUCCCCCUGUGCAAUACCCCUGUUUCCUCCCACUCCCCCUGUGCAAUACCCCUGUUUCCUCCCACUCCCCCUGUGCAAUACCCCUGUUUCCUCCCACUCCCCCUGUGCAAUACCCCUGUUUCCCCCACUCCCCCUGUGCAAUACCCCUGUUUCCUCCCACUCCCCCUGUGCAAUACCCCUGUUUCCUCCCACUCCCCCUGUGCAAUACCCCUGUUUCCUCCCACUCCCCCUGUGCAAUACCCCUGUUUCCUCCCACUCCCCCUGUGCAAUACCCCUGUUUCCUCCCACUCCCCCUGUGCAAUACCCCUGUUUCCUCCCACUCCCCCUGUGCAAUACCCCUGUUUCCCCCCACUCCCCCUGUGCAAUACCCCUGUUUCCUCCCACUCCCCCUGUGCAAUACCCCUGUUUCCCCCCACUCCCCCUGUGCAAUACCCCUGUUUCCUCCCACUCCCCCUGUGCAAUACCCCUGUUUCCUCCCACUCCCCCUGUGCAAUACCCCUGUUUCCUCCCACUCCCCCUGUGCAAUACCCCUGUUUCCCCCCACUCCCCCUGUGCAAUACCCCUGUUUCCUCCCACUCCCCCUGUGCAAUACCCCUGUUUCCUCCCACUCCCCCUGUGCAAUACCCCUGUUUCCCCCCACUCCCCCUGUGCAAUACCCCUGUUUCCUCCCACUCCCCCUGUGCAAUACCCCUGUUUCCCCCCACUCCCCCUGUGCAAUACCCCUGUUUCCUCCCACUCCCCCUGUGCAAUACCCCUGUUUCCUCCCACUCCCCCUGUGCAAUACCCCUGUUUCCCCCCACUCCCCCUGUGCAAUACCCCUGUUUCCUCCCACUCCCCUUUCCCCUCCUGCCUGCGUGCAUCAGAUCCUCAUCAGCAACGCAUUCAAGUUCACCACCAACGGCCAUGUCUUCAUCGCUGUACGCGUCGCAACCCCCACCGACAGCAGCAGCAGCAGCAGCAACCACAACCCCCCACCGCUGCUCUCCCCUUCGUCCUCCACAUCCUCACCUUCACCCUCACGUUCACCAGCUGUAUCACCAUCAGCAGCAGCACCGUCACGCUCAUCCUCUCUCUCCAAAGCACCAGCCAGCAGCCCCCGGCUGUCAGACAAAGGCUGCAGCAGUGCAAGCAGACGGAAAGAGGAAAAGAAUCCAGCUGAGGCCUACGGGGCCGCUGCUGCUGCAGAUGAGAGGAGCGGUGGUAGUCAAGCUGUUGCGGAGGCGUGUACAGAGCCUGAGCGUGCGUGUGUGACGCUGAGUGGCAUACCAGCCAUGAAGACAUGGUGCUCGUGGGAGGGCAUGCGGGAGCACAUGGACCCUGCUGCCGUGGGCAUGGGCAUGGGCAUGGGCAUGGGCAUGGGGAUGGGGAUGGGCAUGGGCAUGGGCAAGGCAAUCUAUACUAGGCAUGGCGAUGGGUGUGGACCGUACAGUGAUGGGCGUGGUGAGGGAUAUGGCGAUGGGCGUGGCAGUGGUGCCAGCGUGGGACCCGGCCAGCCUGUGCGACUGAUGGUGGCCGUGGAAGACACAGCGCCUGCUGUCGCUGAUGGAAAUCCAUCAUCCAUCUCCACCUGCCCAUAUCCUUCCCAAUCCCAGCCUGCCGCUUCCCACUCCUCUCUCUCCCCUCUCGCUGCAGCGCCUGGUGCCGCUGAUGGGGGAACCUUUCUCCACCUGCCCAUAUCCUUCCUAAUCCCGUUGCCCCAGCAGCAGCAGCAGCAGCAGCAGCAGCAGCAGCAGGGGGCAUGUGGGCUAAAGAGUGGGAGCAGCGACUGUGGUGGGAGGGCGGCAGAUGCACGAGAGGGAGGGGGCAUAUGUGUGGCGAUCAGUGGGAAUGACGGGAGGGCGGCACGGGCAUGGGAGGGCGUGUGUGCGGUGAGCGGUGGGAGUGGUGGGAAGGCGGCGGGUCCUCUAGAGGGCGUGUGUGUGGUGAGUGUGGACGACCGGGCGGUGCGGCAUGCCGUCACUCUCUCUCUGCUGCGCCGCCUUGGCAUCUGCACCCUCCCCUGCCCCUCCUUCCACCUCCUCCCCCGCCUCCUCGCCCAACACCGCUCUCUGCACCAUGGGUCGUGCCACUCCUUGCACCAUGGGUCGUGCCAUGCCAUGCAAGAUGACUCAUCUGAUGCGAUGGGCCAUACCAGGCACCAUGGGUCAUUGAGGCAGGCCAUGCACUCUCCCAGGGAGCACCAGGCGGGGCAGCAGGCGGGGCAGCAGGGAGAGCACCAGGAGGAGAAGGAGAAAGACAACGCUGAGCUUGCUUCUGAACCGUCUCUUGCUGCUAAGUACCUCGCUCGCCUCCUAUCACUUAGUCCCAAGCACAUCCACCCGCCUCGUGCUCCUCGCGCCGUCUCUCUCACAACCUCAACAGCAGCACCCUAUGCACCGGUCAGUCAUGCACCUGCCGCUCAGUCAAGCACCGCUCCCCCCCGUCGGGUCAAGUCACACUCUGCCCUGUCAAGCCUCCCACUACCCACCUCUCGCCACUCCAUUGCACCGCAGAAACCCCACCCGGCGCCAUCUUCUCUUGCUUUUGAGAAUUCUCACAAACCCCACCCGCCGUCUUCUCUUGCUCCCCCCCCUCCUCGCCGCGUCAAGUCACACACGGCCCUGUCAUGCCUCCCACUACCCACCUCUCAACUCUCCAUUGAAUCCCUUCUAAAUGCUUCCUCCACGAAUUCUUGUGAGGCGCACGAAAAGUCCCACCAACCGUCUCCUCCUGACCCUCCCCCUCUACCGCGCCGCGUCAAGUCUCACACUGCCCUAUCACGCCGCGCACUACCCACCAUUCAGAGAUCCAUCGGAGCCCUUAUAACCGCUUCCCCCACAAUACGCCCCGCAUCUCGUGAUCUGUCUCUGGUCCCGCUGCUUCCAGCCGACUCGUGUGCACAAGCCCACGCAGGACCAUCCAGCAGCCACUCAUGUCAUUCUAUUGAGGAGCUAUCCCGUCCUCUCGAGCAUUCUGCUCCUCUUUUCGACCCAUGUGCCUCUACUACCGACCCGCCGUCUGGUCCUCUUGAGCCGUUUGGCUCGCCGGCUGUGCUUUUGGCUCCUCCAGCUCUCGCCUCACUUUCCCGCCAGUAUUCCUGCCCUCCUCUCUCAGUCGCUCCUUCUCUUCCCCGCCCUCCUCUCUCGAUCGAUGUCCAUUCCUCUAGCGAGAUAAGUGCAAGGGGAGGGGAGGGGAAGCAGCAGCGGCGGUGGCAGAAGCAGGCUGCAGGGAACGAGACAGAGGAGGAGGAAGAGGCGGGGAAGGAGGGGGAAGACGAAGAAGAGGUGGAGGAGGAGGUGGAUGGAGAGGAGGAAGGAGGGGAGGAAGAUGGAGCAGGGAAGGUGAAGCAGCGCGUUUGUCAGAAUUCUCAAGAAUCGCAGCAGCGAGUGCAUUACAGGAGGUUGCGUGAGGCGCAACGACGGGGAUGGGUGGGAGCGGUGGUGGUGGAGGGGGAGAUGAUGCAGCGGCUGGGCGUCUCAGCAGAUCAAAUCUACGCUCUCGUGUCUGGCCGGGCGGCGGGUGAGAGUGGUGGAGGUAGCGAGUGCAGCAAUUGCAGCAGGUGCAAUUGGCCUGUUCCCUAUCUUGUGCUUCUUCACGGCUCUUCUUCUCUCCCCCCCGACAGUUUCAGCCCUUGCAAGAGGAAGGCUUUUAACGGGGACAGGGAGGGCAGCCGCAAAAGGCAAGCAGGAGGGUUAGAUGAAAGGGAAGAGGGGGGUGAUUGUGAGUGUAAACCGGGUGACUGUAACGAUGUGACGAGGGGCUGCCCAGGCAGCAGGAGAAGCAGGUCUUCUGCUCUGUCCCUCUCUCCCUCUCCAACCAUCCCUUCCACCGCAGCGCACCUCUCGCCCUCACCUGUGCUAUCCCUCUCGCCCGCCCCAUCCAUCCCCUCGCUAUUGUCACUUGGCUUUGAUGCUGUGAUUAGAAAGCCCCUUCGGAAACCGGCGCUGGUGGCGGCACUUCUGCCGCUUUUCAGUGCGGACACGGAGCAAGGUGAGUGUGGGCAGGCAGGAGGAGGAGCAGGGGGGGCAGGAGGAGAAGAAGGGGCAAGAGGAGCAGGAGGAGAAGGGGAAGCAGGAGGAGAAGGGGGAGCAGGAGGAGCAGGAGGAGAAGGAUGCAAGCAAGAGGAUGUGGCACAGGGAGGGAUCAUGAAGAGAGAGGCGAAGGGGCAGUGGGGGGGUGGUGUGGCGCUGAGCCCGUCGGCCCUCCACAGGGCUAGCAGCAGCGCUGCAGCGGCCCUCUGGCGAGCUUCCCCACGAGAACUCAAGUCUCCACGAGAACUCAAGUCUCCACGAGAACUCAAGUCCCCACGAGAACUCAAGUCUCCACGAGAACUCAAGUCCCCACGAGAACUCAAGUCCCCAUGGCUCAAAUCCCCCCGGGCACUCAAGUCCCCGCGGGCACCCAAGUCCCCCCGGGCACUCGAAUCCCCUCAGUCAUUCAAAGCCGUUCCCUUGUGCCCCUCCCACUCACCCACCACUCGCACCACUCCCACCAGUCCCAACAUUCCCACCAUUCAAACCACUCCUGCUACUCCCAACACUCCCACCACUCAUAACACUCCCACCAUUCCCAACGCUCUCAACACGCUGGGCACUGGUAACACUGCCCAACCCAAACAUGCAAGCCCCAUUGCAGCACCAAGCACGUCACGGCCCUCACCCACAGCAGGCAACUGUCCCUCUGCCGCUCUAGCUAUGGAUCCCGCACUCAACCUCCUCCCCCUCUCCCCUACUGCUGCUGCUGCUGCUGCUGCUGCUGCUUUUGCUCGUGCUACUUCUGCUUCUGCCGCUGCUGCCGCUGCCGUUUCUGCCUCUUCUCCUGCUGCUCUGGCUGCUGCGCCUCCUGCUCCGGCUGCUGCGCCUCCUGCUCCUGCUGCUCCGAGUGCUACUGACGAUCAUAGACUCUCGCAAGAGGCGGCUACAUUGGCCCUGAGUGCAACUGACUGUGCAUUGGAGGCGCAGGCAGCCCUAGGCAUGUGCGGCGGAGGCAAUGGAGUGGCAGUGAGGGAGGGUGCGGAGGUGGAGGGGGCAGUGUUGGAUGAAAUGAGUGGCUUGGAUGGUGUGGAUGGUAUGUAUGGUAGCAAUGCCUCAAUGGAUUUAACAUCGGCAACCAGUGCUACUGAUGCUGCUUCGGUCAGCCUAGCGUCUACUUCCGCCGCUGCUGCUUCUGUCAAUUUGACUCCUCCUGCCGGUGCUACAGGUGCUGCUUCGAUCGAUUCAACACCUGCUGCCUCUGCUGUUGCGAGUGGAAGUGGCAUUUUGGGGAGGAAACCACUGGUGAGGGUUGGCAGUGCCGAUGAGAAGGUCUUUUAUUCGCCCCAAGGGUUGCAGUUGCAGCGCUAUGUUCCUCAGGGGUUGCGAGCUCUGGUGAGAGGUGGCAGUGCGGUGGAAGCAGCUGGGGCAGCAGCGCGUAGAGCAGAGAUGCAUGGGCGCAAGGGUGAAACAAGGGCAGAAAAGUAUGCGUCAGCGGGUGAAAGGAGAGCAGGUGGGAGGUCAAAUGGGAGUCAUAGUGAUCGACAGAGAAGCAGGGAUGGCGCUUGCGUUUCUUCUGGUGCUGCUGGUGCUGCUCCCGGUGCUGCUGCUGGUGGCUCUGGUUCUGGCGCUCCUGGUGCUGGUGCUGGUGCUGGUGCUGGUGGUGCUAGUGGUGGUGUUGGUGGUAGAGUGCGUGGUUUUGGAAGUGUGCUCGACUUCUCAGGGAUCCCUCCCCUGUAUGCUCGCCCUGCGUCAUCCUCUUCCUCCGUUGCGACACUCUCCCCUGCCAACACCCGCACACCAUCCCCAUCAUUAUCACCAACACCAGCAGCUGCACUCCCACCACCAACACCAUCAUUCCCAGCAUCAUCCAUAGCAGCAGCAUCAGCAACAGCACCAGCAGCAGCACCAGCAGCCGCAGAAGCCCCAGCAACAGCAGCAGCAACAGCAGCAGCAGCAGCGGCGGCGGUGGCAGCAGCGACUUUAGAGCCGGCAACAGUGGCGGAGGGGCUAGCAGUGCUGUGGGGUCGGCAGGUGAUGGUGGUGGAUGACAACCUCAUCAACCGCAAGGUGGCCAGCAAGCUGCUGGAGAGGCACGGCACGCGAGUCACCGCCGUGGAUGGCGGCGCCAAGGCGCUUCAAGCCCUCACCCCGCCCCACCCUUACCACCUCGUCCUCAUGGACCCCCAGAUGCCGGGCAUGGAUGGGCUGGAGGCGACUCGGAGGAUCCGAGCGCGGGAGAGGGCUCAGGGCGGAAGCCAUGUGACCAUCAUUGCGCUCACAGCGGAUGUGAUUGCCGGCACGCGCCACCACUGCUUUGCCGUCGGCAUGGAUGACUACCUCUCCAAACCCCUCGACGACGGCCCCCUCUCCCACGCCGUCUGGCGCUGCCUCGUUGAUAAAUUAUAA